GCAACAAAUCUUGGCUGCCAUGCGACGAUAAGUUGUUCCCACGGCAAUGGGACGAAUACCGCCAUCCUUCUUGCGUAGGGCACAUAGAUUGGCCCCAUACAAAACGUCGAUGACGGAUUCGUGCACAUUGCACACACUUCUACACAGAUUAAAAAUAAACAAACUCUUUCAAAAACACCUGUUCAACUGAAUGUUUCUGUCGAGAACGUUUCUGUUAACCCUUAAAUUGUAGGUUCAUUAAUAUGAAUACCACCUAUGUAGUAAACAUAAUUUCUUCCACAUUUUAAGUGUUUUCACGUAAUUCAUAUUUUUCAUUGCUCUAGAAUAUAAUAAUCUGCGUCCUGUCCUGUCAAAUCGUUCAAACUUUUUUGUCUUUGGUACUAGACAACUGUCAGUCGCUGAAUGAAUAGUUUUCGAAAUUUUUUGUUUUGUGUUCUUGUUUGUAUUAUAGACGAGGAAACUUAGAACUUUAUUGAGUAGAAGCCAGACAUACACAAAAUAGAUUAUUGUAAUAAUAACAAGAAUGUGUGGACGUACUGGAUUAUCAUUACAGAAGGAUAAAGUACAGUGCGCUUGCAGUUAUAAAUCUAAAAAUGAUAAUCAUUAUAUUAAACCAGAAUGGCUUCCAGAAUUCAAUGCAGGGAAAGACUAUGUACCUUCAUACAAUAUUGCUCCAACUGAUGUAACUCCAGUUCUGGUCUCUUCUAGUAGAUUCCGUAAUGUUGUAGACUGCGACAGAGUCUUAAAACCCAUGAUGUGGGGUAUUAUACCACCAUGGCACAAAGGGGACUAUAAAUCACAUAACUUAAGUACCAAUAACUGUCGUCUUGAAAAUAUAAAAAGUUCCAAACUAUACAGUCCAAUACUGAGCAGUGGAGGUAGAUGUAUAAUAGUUGCAGAAGGAUUCUAUGAAUGGCAGACCACCAACAAGUUUUCUAAAGUGAAACAACCAUAUUAUAUUUACGCUCCUCAGAAGGAUGGUGCAAAGAUUGAUGAGCCUGAUACAUGGCAUAACAACUUUGAUGAAAAUACAGGUUGGGAAGGAAUAAAUCUUCUCUAUAUGGCUGGAUUGUACCACAUCUGGCAAAAUGAAGAAACAAUCAUUUAUUCAUAUUCUGUCAUCACAAUGGAGUCCAAUGAAACAUUAGAUUGGCUGCAUCACAGAACGCCUGCUAUAUUGGACAGUGAUGAACAAAUAGAGGCAUGGCUAGACAUAGACAAUGUUAAGCCCGACAUGGCACUGGGCUAUCUUAAACCUAUAAGACGAUUAUCGUGGCAUCCAGUUUCAACUGCAGUUAACAAUUCAAGAAAUAAAAGUACUGAUUGUAAUAAGAAGACACUGGGAGAAGAUAAGAGUAAGAAAAAAACACAAAAGACACUACAAUCUUGGUUUGUUAAAGCUGAAAAGAGGAAAUCAACUGAUUGCAGUGAUUCAGACCCCAAAAAGUCGAAAACUUGAAUAAAAAUGCGAUAAAUGUAAUAAUCAUAUUUAUUUUUGAACUCCUUAGCGUAAGUUGUCAAUCACAAGCAUUAAAAUCACAAAUUUUGCUUUAAUAGCCACCUUACCACCUUAGCUAGCCAAUACAGCCUUCUAUAAUUAAUUUUUGUUACUAUCAUUUUGAGUUGCUUAAAUCAUUAAGGCACCAAUAAAUCUGCCAAAAAUAAUGUGAUUCACCUAUGUUAAAUAGGCUGAUUGGUCAUUUUGGUGUUAGAUUUACUUAAUAAGACAAAAGUUACUUCUAAAUGUCCAAUAUUUUUUUGCAAUUACUUAAUAAUUUAUCAUGUAAACUAAUGGCACUGCCCCAUAUAAAACUUAAAAUAAAUCUUCAGGAUAUAGCUGCAAUAUUGCAUAGUUUGGUUAAUAAUGUUUAAUGUUGCAGAAAAAUUUUGGCUGUUUAGGAGCAUAUCAAUAAUUGUAGGCCACCAAAGAUAUGUAUGUACAAAAAUACACUUAAAUAUUUUCAA